AUGGCGGAAAAUUCCGCGCAAGCCACUCCUCCGGCGCUUGUGGCGGAAGCUACAGUGGUGAAUUCUGUCUUCGCCGCGUGGGGGAGCGGGCCCGCGCCAGCUGCGGCAGCGGCUGUUGCGCCUGAAGCGCCUGUAGAGGCUGUAGCCCCUGUAGCCCCCGAAGAGCCUCCAGCCCCUGUAGCGCGGACGCCGCCACUGCGCACGCCGACGCCGGACGUCACCUACUCGCUGCCUCACGCCGUCGUGGCGACUCGUGCGCGCGCCGCGACGGUGCGCCUGCGAUGCGGGCGGCGAAUUGCGUAUCUGGAGAAAGGGAUGGGCGCAGCGCAGGCGACGCGGACGCUGCUGGUGCUGCAUGGCCUGGGAUCGUCGCGACUCGCCAACAUGCCAGGAGUGACGGACGAGCUUCUGUGCUCUUUCGGUGUCCGGCUGGUGGCCAUCGAUCGCCCAGGGUACGGCCAGUCCGACCCUGCGCCAGCCCUCUCGCUGCACUCCUUCUGUGCGGACCUUGAGGAGCUGGCGGAUCUGCUCUCGCUGGGGCACAAGUUCUACCUGUUGGGGUACUCAGCAGGAGGAGCGUACUGCUGGGCGGCAGCGCACUACAUUCCCCACCGCAUCCUGGGAAUUGCCAUGUGGGCGCCCUUCAGCUCAUUCUACUGGCAGGGAAUAUCAGAGCAGGAUAGGGAGGCCAUGUUCGCCGGCAUGACGCCCCACUCCCGCCGCUCCCUCCGUCUCGGCCGCUACGCCCCUCUCUGGCUCAUCCGCCUCUUCAUUCGCAACUUCAUCGUUCCCUUCUCUGGUCCCUUAUGGGUUCAGCGCCUGCAGCACAGCCUCUCACACGCCGACCGCCAGUACCUGCUGCACGCGCAGGGCGCACAGGCGCUGCUGAACGACAAUACCGAGUCGCUCCUUAUGGGAGCGCACGGCGAGGGCAUGGCCAAGGACGUUGAACUCUUCAGCCGCCCCUGGCCCUUCGAUGUCCAAGACAUCUGUGAUAUCGGAUGCUUUGAUAAUACCCAAGACAUCUGUGAUACUGGGUGCUUUGAUCAUACCCAAGACAUCGGCGAUAUCGCCAGUAUCCGAGACUCCACAUGUGAAUCAUCCAAGGCAACAUCCCCUUCUGCCACCGCAAAUCCACCCCCAUCGACCGCUCCUCUCCCGUCCUCGCCGUCCCCCGCCCCUCCGUUCUUGGUGCACAUAUGGCAUGGCACGAAGGACGUAUUAGUGCCUCUCUCGCUGCAGCGUUGGCUGCAGCAGCAGCUUCCGCAUGUGGUGAGGCUGUAUGAGCUUCCUGGCGAGGGACAUCUUUCCUGGUUCUGCCACCAGCCUCAGAACCACCACCAAGUGCUCUCCACUCUCUUCUCUUAG